CCCAGAAAAAAGUCGUCAAGGCCGCUUUUUCCAACACGCGACACCAACGCAGUAGUUCUCAAUGCUGAUCUGCAAGCCAGAUUGGAUCACUCACACAGACAGCUCGCAAAAUGCCAAAGAAAAGAAAGUCUGCAUCUACUCGGUCCAUGUUCAUCCUAAUGGCGAAAGGCUUGCAACAGGAGGACUAGACACCAAGGUGCGAAUAUGGAAUACCGCUCCUGUGCUCAAUGAGGAAGCCGAGGAAGACCCUAAUUGCCAUAAACUUCUAUGUACUAUGACUAUGCACAAUGGUGCAGUCCUCUGUGUACGUUGGAGCAAUAUUGAAGGCCGAUACCUAGCAUCCGGCUCGGACAACGACAACACCAUCAUCAUAUGGGAACUGGAUAGAUCUGUUACGCGAGGAACGGUAUUCGGCUCCACCGAUGUUAAUUACGAGAGUUGGCGACCUGUUAAAUAUCUCAGAGGACACGAAUCUGACGUUCAAGAUUUGGCUUGGUCUAGCGACAAUCAAUAUCUUGCAUCUUGUGCAGUUGAUGGACACGUCAUUGUUUGGGAUGGAUUGACUUUUGAUCGAGUGAAAAAGAUUGAUCAGCACGGAGGGUUUGUAAAAGGCGUAACCUGGGAUCCUGUCGGCAAGUACCUAGCAUCGCAGAGUGAUGAUAAUUUGGUUAAAAUUUGGCGGACAUCCGACUGGAGUUUGGAAAGAGAUAUUCGAGAACCUUUCGUCAAUGCACCAGGAACUACAUUUUUUCGUCGUUUGAGUUGGGCGCCAAACGGAUCACAUAUCGCUGCAGCAAAUGCUGUCAAUGGUAUGCAGUGUGUUGCAGCUGUCAUCAGCCGAGAUAAUUGGAGCUCAGAUUUAUCCUUGGUUGGCCAUGAACUGCCUGUUGAAGUAGCCUGCUUCAAUCCAAAGCUGUUUUACUUUACCUCGAUAGACUCAGAUAGCUCAGCACAACCAGCAGACGAACAACGUGGAACUCUUGCAUCCGUUUGUGCUUUGGGUGGACAAGAUCGCAGCGUUUCUAUCUGGGUCACCAAACAUUCUCGGCCACUCUGUGUCGCAACUGAUGUCUUUCAGAACAAUAUUUACGAUUUGGCUUGGAGUCCUGACGGACGGUAUGUUGUUGCCUGUUCACAAGAUGGUACAGUUGCAUUCUUGCAAUUAGACGAAGAGCUAGGAACGCCUAUUGAGGAUGAUGAAAUGAUUCAGUUGCUGUCGAAAUACGGAUACAAGCGUAAAGCAGUUACUUUACCUGAAGCGCCAGUGCAACUAGAACUUGAAGAGGAGAACGCCAUAUCGCAAAAAUCAUCGUCUUCUUCACGAAUAGUACAGUUGAUGGGCGGUGAUCAGCCGGACACUUCGAUGACGGACAUUAAGCCGGUUGAGAAAUUGGCUGAUAAAGGAGAAGAUGUCAUGGAUACCACUAAGACCUCAGGAGAUAUUGAAAGUCAAACAGAAACCGUUACUUCUACCACCACCCCUGCCAAUAUACAAAAACCAACCCAGACUGUUGCAGCCAACAACGUGACAGAGCAGCCUCCGGCUAUGGAUGUCGCUAAACAACAGCAGGUCACCAUUGGAAAGGACGGUAAAAAACGUAUUCGGCCAGUAUUUGUUACCAGCGGAAAUUCUAUCCACAAUUCACUUGAUACCAACAAGCCAUCGGUCAAUGACAACGAGACAGCGAUACAUCACACGGGUGAAAACGGAGUACGUACAAAUGGCAAUGUACAUGGAACAGAGUACGACUCCCCUUCCAGCUAUCUUCCAAGUAGCGGCAUACCGACAUCAGUGGUGGGAACAAAGCGAAAACCCAAUGAAGAAAUAUCAGACCAAGAUUCCGUCAAGCGGGUGGAUAUUGAUCAAAAUAGCACUUCAGAACCACUGUAUCGACCAUCAUGGAUAGAUGCUGCCAUUGUUCCACCUAUUGUCCGACAAAGCCAGCUUCGAUUAGGUGUGCCGAAGGUGAAAUCCGUUUUGACUCAACGUGGAAGUUCCCAUGAGCCUUCUUGGGUUCUAGAAUGUCAAAACUCUAGUAACAGAGAUCAUGCCAAGGUGAUCUACUGUAACAAGGGAACACCAGUAUGGGUAGAUUAUGUACCAAGUUCUGUUCUACAAAUGACUGGUAACAAGCACUUUUGUGCAGUAGGAUGUGAAGAUGGUAGUAUCGUUAUUUACUCUCAAGCAGGAAGAAGGUUACUGCCUCCUUUAAUGCUAGAGAGUACGCCGGUGUGGAUGUCUUGCUCGGAUAGAUGGUUAUUGGCUUUGACAGCUACUGGCCUUUUGUAUAUAUGGGACGUAAUUAAUGAAACAAGCUUCUUGUCCGAAAUAUCCGUAGCUCCUGUUUUGCAAGUAGCAACCGUUGUACCUACAGCGGACCAUACAGCGAACAUAGCACCCACUAUCAAAGACAUCCGGAUACAAAAAAAUGGAACUCCUAUCAUCAUCACUAAUCACAGUCAAGCGUUUGCAUACCACCUGAAUAUGAAAAUAUGGACCCGUAUUUGUGACGCCUGGCAAAUGCUGUCAGAGUUAUGGGGAUCUGGGAGUCAAAAUAUGGAUGCCAGUACUCACCCAUUGGGCUGGCUAUCUAGAGCAACCACCACAGUGGGCCACAAAGCCAGCAGCAUUGGCCAUCAUGCCAAAACAUUGGCAAGAAUGGACCACCAGGCCACCAGUAUCAUCACUCUUGGUCACAUUGAGACUCAAUUGGCAGUAGCAGUCCUGUUAGACUCUCCGGAUGAAUAUCGGCAGUGGAUGAUGUAUUACGCGAAGCGGCUUGCAACGGAGAAUGCGACAGAGAAGGUGGACGAAUUAUGUCGAUGGCUCCUUGGCCCUACUUAUUCAGCCAAUGAUGGUCAGACCCAGAUUUUGGGUACCUUGGAUAAGCGAGCCCUGCUAAAAAGCAUCCUUCCAAUUCUUAGUCAAAAUAGACAAUUACAGCGAAUAGUAGCGGAGCACCGUGAAAUCCUUCUGAGUUGUGAUCGACCUCAUUGACACUAAUACGUCGCCUACUUUCUGAGUUACUGGAGUUUCAUAAAAUAAUAAAUAAAUAAAAAUAAUUACAUCAAUUACCUGGCGU